UUGAAGUGAAGCUGUGGAUGAUCGUUAGUUAUUUUUAUAACUGUUCUGUUCAUUAAAAAGUCUUGCUAACAUGUGUGAUAUGACGAUGGCCCACUAAUGACAACCACAUCAUCUGUGUGCCUGGCAUGUUAUACGCUUGAGUUCUGUAGUACAUCUGAGGUGAACACAAACAAGUGUGACUUUGUGUUUUCUGUGUAUUUGAUGUACACAUCUAAUUUGCAGUACAGCUCAGUAUGUGUUUGCCAAUACCUGUAUCCAGGCUCCACGUGAGUUGGAAAGAGUGGACGAGAAAUACUCUUAAUGAAUGUUUGAAUGUUGAAGAGUAAUUUGAUGUCUUGAAGGACAGUUUUUCCUCACUUUUGUUCUUUGUUCUAAUAGGGAUAUAACUGCCAGCUUUCGAGGACCAGAAUGUUAUGCAGCAGCAUAGAGCACAGAAAGGUAGCAGACUGAUGGGUUUUAAGAUAAAACCAUCAGCUUGCUAGCUGUGUUUUUAUUUGCUGAGAUUCCCAUAACUGUUCCUGGUAACUAGUAUUUAGUCUUGCAUUCACAUCUUUCAAACAGUCAUGUUUAAGAAGACUUAGUUUGUCUUGUUGUAUAGAGUCAGAAGUUCAAGCUUUUGCUUUAUUGCAUUCAAUUUUUUCCUUACAUAACUAAUUUUCAGCUUAUGUGGAACUCCUUCUUCAAGGACUAUGUUCUGAAAAGACUUUGCAUAUUUUUAUGCACCUUAGAGAUUCCUGAAGAGCCAGGCUAAUACUUGAUGUGUACUCAUGCAAUGCUUGGGAUGGCAGUGGCUUGCAAUUCACUUUCAGAGGGAAGUGUUCUUUGAAGAGGCACAAUGUUUGUUUACCUCGAGGGAUGCUUUCUCUUCAGAAAUACCAGCAUCUGUCCCUUAGACUGUCUCAAUUUAUUAGUUACAUUUUGAUGUUAUUUUUAAUUUAUUGACCCAGAUGGAAACAGUGGGAUUUUGUUUAGAUGGUCUAUUAAGAAAAUUAUUCCUAAUGUUCUAGGGGUAAUUUCCAGCUCUGUCUGAUUAUAUCUUCCCUUGUGUUAUUAAAAAAAAAAAAAGGAAGUCCUUUUCUAGCACACAUUGGGAAUUCUUCACUUUUUUUUUUGUCUUGGGAAAUAAGAAUCAGCAUUUAUUUGAUUCAAUAACCAGCUUCCUGCUUCCCAAGGAAGAGAUAGUGGCUCAGUGGCCAGCAAACAUCCCUCCUGUGGAGAUUCAUUCUUGGGGGUUAGAGGAGAGCUAGCAGCUACUAGUAAAAUAGCUGCAUAGCAGGAUGAAGAGGGAUUAUUGAAGCAUUACUAGGAAAUUCAUGGCUGUGUGCAAGACCUUAUGUACUCCACAGACAAGCUGACCUAAAUUCUGCAGCCAGGCCUUACUGGUUUCUGCGUUGAUGUGAUGUGGCAGGCUGGAUAACCUACGGCAGAUCUGGGUUUAAAAAAAGGGGGACAGAGAAGGUUUAUAUUUGAGUAGAAACAGACAAAGCAGUCUUUGUACUGAAUCUGUCUUAAACUUUUUUUGUUGUUUUCUAACCCACACUUCUCUGCUCUUAAUAUUCAGGACUUUUCAUGUAGUCAGGAUAAGUCUGCAUUAUAAGGAUGCUCGUUAGGAAGAGUGAAGAGGUUGUUUACUCCUGGAUGGGGAACUACCUGGAUGAUUUUACCCAUAAGAGGCUUUUACACUUGGGUUUGUAGUUGUGAGGAAUGUUUACCCUUGCAGAAGUUGCAUCGCUUAAUGACAUCCAGCCAACUUAUCGGAUCUUGAAACCAUGGUGGGAUGUAUUUAUGGAUUAUCUAGCCGUUGUCAUGCUAAUGGUUGCUAUUUUUGCUGGAACCAUGCAGCUGACCAAAGACCAGGUGGUCUGCUUGCCAGUUUUGCAGUCUACUGUAAAUUCAAAAGCACAACCCGGGACAGCAGGGAAGGCUGACUUCACCACUGUUGAAACAACCACUGGUCAAGGAGAAGACACGUCAAUGAGAACGGUUUCCUUCGGAAGUGCCCCUACUGUAACACCUGACGUACCUCUGAGCGGAGCUACCUCUUCUCAGUACCAACCCACCGAAUCGGGCCAGGAGCUGAAGAAGGAGCAGAAAGAUUCUUUGGGCCGUAAAACAAAUUUGGAUUUUCAGCAAUACGUGUUUAUUAACCAGAUGUGCUAUCAUUUGGCUCUUCCUUGGUAUUCAAAGUAUUUUCCCUAUCUUGUUCUCAUCCAUACUAUCAUUUUAAUAGUCAGUAGCAAUUUUUGGUUCAAGUAUCCCAAGACUUGCUCAAAAAUUGAGCAUUUUGUGUCUAUAUUAGGGAAGUGCUUUGAGUCCCCUUGGACUACAAAAGCAUUGUCUGAAACGGCAUGUGAGGACUCUGAGGAGAACAAACAGCGGUUAACUGGCGCCCAGUCCCUGCCCAAGUAUGUUUCCACUAGCAGUGACGAAGGAAGCCCGAGUGCCAGCACUCCCAUGAUAACAAAGUCUGGCUUCAAAUUUUCAGCUGACAAACCGAUGAUCGAGGUUCCCAGCGUCACUAUUUUAGAUAAGAAAGAUGGUGAACAAGCCAAAGCGCUGUUUGAGAAAGUCCGUAAGUUCCGGGCUCACGUGGAGGACAGUGAUCUGAUAUACAAGCUCUAUGUUGGCCAGACUGUCAUCAAGACUGUCAAGUUUAUAUUUAUUCUCUGCUAUACUGCAAACUUUGUCAACACCAUUAGUUUCGAACACAUCUGCAACCCGAAAGUGGAACACCUGAUUGGCUACACACAGUUUGAAUGUACACACAACAUGGCUUACAUGUUGAAGAAGCUGCUUAUCAGCUAUAUUUCCCUCAUCUGUGUCUAUGGUUUUAUCUGUCUCUACACGCUCUUCUGGCUGUUCCGAAUACCUUUGAAAGAGUAUUCCUUCGAAAAGGUCAGAGAAGAGAGUAGCUUCAGUGAUAUACCUGAUGUCAAAAAUGAUUUUGCGUUUCUCUUGCAUAUGGUAGAUCAGUACGACCAGCUGUAUUCUAAGCGAUUUGGUGUCUUUUUGUCAGAGGUAAGUGAGAACAAACUACGGGAAAUUAGUUUGAACCAUGAAUGGACUUUUGAAAAGCUGCGGCAACAUGUUUCCCGCAAUGCCCAGGACAAGCAAGAGUUGCAUCUCUUCAUGCUGUCGGGGGUCCCCGAUGCGGUGUUCGAUCUGACGGAUCUGGAUGUGUUGAAACUGGAGCUCAUUCCUGAAGCGAAAAUCCCACCGAAAAUUUCCCAGAUGACCAAUCUUCAGGAGCUUCAUCUGUACCACUGCCCCGCGAAGGUUGAGCAGACCGCCUUCAGCUUCCUCCGGGACCACUUGAGAUGCCUUCAUGUGAAAUUCACAGAUGUUGCAGAAAUUCCUGCGUGGGUGUAUUUGCUCAAAAACCUCCGUGAAUUGUACUUGAUAGGCAACUUGAACUCUGAAAACAAUAAAAUGAUAGGGCUUGAAUCUCUCAGAGAAUUGAGACACCUUAAAAUUCUCCACGUGAAGAGCAAUUUGACCAAAAUUCCCCCCAAUAUCACAGAUGUGGCACCACAUCUGACAAAACUAGUCAUUCAUAAUGACGGCACUAAGCUUGUGGUACUCAAUAGCCUUAAGAAAAUGACUAAUGUUGCGGAGUUGGAACUGCAGAACUGUGAACUGGAGAGAAUUCCCCACGCCAUCUUCAGCCUCUCUAACUUACAGGAACUGGAUUUAAAGUCAAAUAGCAUACGCACAAUUGAAGAAAUCAUCAGUUUCCAGCACUUAAAAAGAUUGACUUGUUUAAAGCUGUGGCACAAUAAAAUAGUCAACAUUCCUUCCUCCAUUACCCACAUAAAGAAUUUGGAGUCUCUUUAUCUUUCCAAUAACAAACUCGAAUCCUUACCAGCCGCAGUGUUCAGUUUACAGAAACUUAGGUGUUUAGACGUAAGCUACAACUCCAUCGCAUUGAUUCCAGUAGAAGUAGGUUUGCUUCAAAAUCUGCAGCAUUUUCACAUCACGGGAAACAAAGUCGAUGUUUUGCCGAAACAGUUGUUUAAAUGUGUUAAAUUGAGGACUUUGAGUCUGGGACAAAAUUGCAUUACCUCAAUCCCAGAUAAUGUUAGUCAACUGGUGCAGCUGACUCAUCUGGAACUGAAGGGAAACUGCUUGGACCGUCUGCCAGCCACGCUGGGGCAGUGCCAGCUUCUCAGGAAAAGCGGGCUCGUGGUGGAAGAUCACCUCUUUGAUGCUUUGCCCUCGGAAGUUAAAGAGGUGUUGAAUCAAGACACCAGCAUUCCCUUUGCUAACGGGAUUUAGGCUGAGGUGAAAUGCUCCGGUAGCUGACUUCCGAACGGCAAAUGCUCAAAAGUAUGGCAACUGUGAAACCAUGUGUUUUUAGAAAGCAGAAUUCCUUGGAAAGCAGGACUAUUAGCAGGAUUAGAAGAGGUGUAACCGAGUGUUCAAUGUUUGCAGUGUUUUAAAAGAUUAUUUCCAAAAUUUGAGACGAUAAAAAAACCUUAAUAAUCUCAAUUCUUUUUUCCUUAAAUUGUUUGUAACUUGGAUGCUGCCGCUUUUGAAUGUUUACAAAUUUGCUUGCCUGCUUAAAGUAAAUGAUUAAAUUGACGACCUUUUCUUACUAUGCAAGUUAUUCUUUAAGGUCCGGAUUUACUUUAGUGCAUUACAGGGGGGAAAAAAAACCAAGGAUGACUGUUGUAUGCGGUAUGGUUCCAACACACAUGUUGGUGUGUUGUUAGUGUUCAGCCAUCCUCAGCAAAUGAAAACAGUUUGGCUGUGCUUUGAACUGCACCAGAACCACCAUUUUCCUGCAUCACGGUAUGUGGUUUCCAUCCAGCCGAGUGUGUUUGCCUUCAUUCUUCAUCCUCAAGGCCCCAUGCUGUUGGGUGAGGUUUCUUCUGUGGUCCAGUGUGCUGCUCCUCCUCACCAGCAGAGACUGGUCCCGUUCCCCCAGCUUGUCUCCCGCCCAGCUUCCGCAACACUCCUCUGUCCCACGCAGCAGUGGGUGGUAAAAGGGAGAAUACUGCCACUUGGCUUUCUAGUUGGGGAUAGUUUUGAUAUUUGAACUGUUUUGCAAGGUGACUUCGAAAGCCAUUAAACACCAAGUGACUUUACUGCUCAUGUUUUGUUCCUCUUUGGUGUUCUCAUCUGGGAAACUCAAGGCGUUUUAUGAGCUGGUGAUUGUUUUGUUUCACGGCCCUUACUUAGGAGCUGGGGUGUCUGCUCAGUUUUCUAGACUAAUGACAGAGACGUGAGAGUUACGAUUUACCCAAAUGUGGUUUAGCUUUAUUACCUGCUGUGGUGUGUCUUCUACACCUGGGCUUUAACCACAGGACCACCCUUCCCGCUCACCCCAACCCAAGUAACUGGAUGUUUUUGAACACUUCUGCGCUGUUAGAAAACUCUGUGUGCCAGAUAAGUCAUCAAAUAAAGGAAAAAGCAGACAGCAGUGACCGUGGGAUUUUUUUUGGUUGGUUUUUUUUUUCAGUGAUGUUUUUUAACCAAGUUUGCAUUGCCAGAACCAUUAAAGAAAUAUAAUCCAUUAAAUCUGUAAAAUCAUCAGUUGUAAAUCUUGGCCAUUUACAUUCCAUGUGUGCAGAAAAGAAGUACUAUGCUGGGAGAUGAUUACACGAUUACUCAUGGUUUAAACACAAUUCCCUAUUGUAGUGUGGUCAGGACUGAACUAGUCUGUAGUUCAAGGGACUGUUCUCACACAGAAAUCCUCAUGCACAGCGAUUUCUACUGUAACUUCACCAGAGCUGCCCUCACUUACACCACUAUUAAUGAGGGGAUAGUUUGGGCCUGGGGGCAUUGAGCAGUCGGGAGCAUUUCAAAUACUGCUCUUACAAAUCUUGCACAUUUUAUUGUUAAUCAUUUACUGUUAGUCAUGCUGGGAGGGCUGUUCUCAGUUGUAGGUAGCAGUCUCUGAAUACAUACCUGCACCGUAUGUUUAGGUAUGUCAGAAGACCAGUUUAUAAAUUGUGGUUUUCCCACUUCUUUUGGGGAUACAGUCUGUUUUCCACUUGGUAGCAGGUAGUAGACUUGGGAUGUUGUCAGUUCUGCAACACCAAGUCACAGGUUUGGCAGAAUACUUGCAGUUAUUGACCUGUCCUCCACUGGGAAGUUUAGUACUAAUCCUCAGAGUAUUUUGUUUUUAAGUAGAAGUUAAGGUUGCAGUGGGUUAUUUUUUAUUUUUUUUAAGGAACUCUUUCAUGUGUUUAUUUUUAGCACAUAGAUCACUUUAAAAUUGCUGGACUAUUGACUCUUCAGAAAAACAGUGGAAAAUACUAUUGGCGUAUGCUUCAUAUUUGCUCUUGUGUCUCACUUCAGCUUCCAAGAAACUGUGUGCAGGAGGAGGAAGAGUUGGAGAAUGAAAAAGUGAUUAAAAGAUUUAGAAAAUUAGUUCUUUUUUUCCCUUAUUUUAGUAGUGGAGUUGUACAGAAUGCGGCCGUGGAUAGAUCCAGCUUUUAAAAGCUUUUUUUUUAGUGCUCCCGAUUCUCCUACUGUCCCUAUUGAUGUUCAAAAAAAAUAAACCCCUGUGCACUUCAUAUGAGUGUGGUAUACAUAAAUUAGACCACUGUUUUGACUAGUUAUUAGCCAAUUGUACUUCUUUAGACAACUUCCUCUGAAGUAGGUAUUGUUAAAGUUAAUUUCAGGCUUGUGAUACAUGCUCAGCAUAGACUCCACUCUUGAUUUCAGGAGAGCUUUCUCCGAGUGGGGAGGAACUGCUCAUCAUCCCCAUGUCACCUCCCUCCAGUCCCUCCUCUUCAUGACUCUGUAUAAUGUUCCUAUUUCUUGCGUGUCAACUGACAGAGUCUUGCUUUAAAGUCUUGAAAGUUCAUCUCUUUUCCAUGUAAGGCAUGUGAAAUAUAUUUUGCAUUUCUAUUUGAUUUAAUAAAUAAGAUGUUUAUAUCUUC